GUUUCUAAAGUCAACCACCUUCCUUCCUCUUCCUCUGAACCCCUCCCUCUCCCUGCCGUCUCUCCAUCUCCCAUGCCAUAGAUCUGCUGCCGCUCUCCAUCACCUGCUUUCGUGGUUCCGCCGGAUCUGAUCAUGGAGGCGGUGGAAGACACCAAUCUGGAAGCCGCGAUCGGCUGGCUGACAGAUACCAUCCUCUCGAAUCUCCCAGCCGGCGGCAAGCUGGACUCAUGGAUCGGGCAAGCUGGCCUCGGCAACGACAUCGGGAAGCUCAAGUCUGAGGUGGAGGCGGUGGAGAUGGUGGUUUCUGCUGUGCAGGGGAGGGCGGCCGGGAACAAACCGCUGGCCCGAUCUCUCGCGGCCGUCAAGGAGCUGCUCUACGACGCCGACGAUGUGGUCGACGAGCUGGACUGCUACAGGCUGCAGCAGGAGCUCGAGCCAGAUACACUGCUCGAAACGGAUGGACAUAGAACACAGCAAGUUGAGAGAUCUAGAGAAAAUGCUGAUGUGCAGAGUAGCAGCAAUGGCAAUGGCAGGUUACGUUCCAAGGAAUGGAAUCACUUUGACAUCACACAGUUUGAACAAAACGGAGGGCCUGCCAGAGCAAGAUGUAAGUACUGUGAAACAGAGGUUAUGUGCACAACCAAAAAGGGGACAUCAGUUUUGCGCAAUCAUCUCAAUAGCAAAGGUUGUAGCAAGAAACGUGAAGCAACUGACCCUUCUUCAAGCAUCGUUGAUGCUACUACAAUUCAUGUGCCCGUUGCAACUGGUAAUUCGUCCAACAGAAAAAGGAUGAGAACUGGUCAGGAGUCAACACACAUCAACGCAGCUAACCCAAACGGGUGGAACAAGGAUUCAUUUCCCAAAAGGAUACAAGACAUCACUAGUCAGCUGCAAGGCAAACGAGAGGCUGUCACAAGGAUUCUCAAGAUACUUGGGUCAGAUUCUGGUGGUGCAACCUCAAAUCACUCUCAGCUUAUGGUCACAGAUCCACGCCGAAGAACAUCAAGCCUUGUUCAAGGAAAAGUGUAUGGGAGAGCUGAAGACAAGAGUUACAUCAAAAUGUUGAUAAAAGAAUGCAAAUCAGAUGCUAGUUUGACUGUUCUGCCUAUUGUAGGCAUCGGAGGAGUUGGGAAGACAACUCUCGCUCAGCUUGUAUACAAUGAUCCAGCUUUGAAAAGUCAAUUUGAUCACAAGAUAUGGAUUUGGGUGUCUAACAACUUUGAUGAAAUGAGACUCACAAGACAGAUGUUAGAAUGCGUCUCCCAAGAAUCACAUGAUGGACUAUGUAGCUUUCCCAAUCUUCAGGAGAUCUUGAAGGGUCAUAUUAAAUCGAAGAGGUUUCUACUUGUUUUGGAUGAUGUCUGGAAAGACAUGGAUGAUGGUCGAUGGAACAAAUUAUUGGCUCCUUUCAAUUCUGGUAGUGCAAAUGGCAAUAUGAUAAUUAUGACAACUAGAAAACUUUCUAUUGCAAAGAGGAGAGGAACCAUUAGACCAAUUAACUUAGGUACUUUGGGAAAGGACCAUUUUUGGCAGUUGUUUAAAUCAUGCGCGUUUGGUGACGAGAAUUAUGAAGCGCAAGCAAGUCUAAGUGACUUAGGACAGGAAAUAGCACAAAAGUUAAAAGGGAACCCAUUAGCAGCACAAACUGCCGGGGCACUAUUAAGAGAUCAUCUUACUGUGGAUCAUUGGAGUAACACCCUGAAGACUGAAGCUUGGAAUUCUCUGCAACGCGCUGAUGGCAUCAUGUUUUGUUUGAAGCUUUCCUAUGAUGAGCUGACCUACCCUCUACGACAAUGUUGCUCGUAUUGUUCUAUAUUCCCCUACAACUAUCAGUUUCUUGCUGAGGAGCUAGUUCGUCUUUGGAUUUCACAGGGAUUUGUGAAGUGUGAUCAUUCAAGUAGGAGUUUGGAGGAGAUUGGAUGGUACUACCUGACAGACUUGGUGAACCUCGGCUUGUUUCAGCGGGUUGAAAUAGAAAAACCCUCUAUUGGUAGUCAAACUUACUAUAUUAUGUGUGGCCUGAUGUAUGAUUUUGCAAGGCUAGUUUCAAGAACUGAGUGUGCAACUUUGGAUGGUUUGCAGUGCAAUACAGUUUUGUCAACCGUGCACCAUUUGUCUAUAGUAACUGAUUGUAUAUAUCGGAGGGAUAAUAAGACUGGGAGCAUACGUCGUUGUGAGAAUUUUGAUUUUCUUUCGCAAAAUAUAGUCGCAUCAGUGAGAAAGUUGAGAACAGUGGUGUUAAUUGGGGAAUAUGACUCCUUUUUCUUCAAAGAAUUCCAAGAUGUAUUUGAAAAGGCACAUAACUUGCGUCUGCUGCAAAUGUCUGCAACAUCUGCUGAUUUUAGUUCCUUCAUGCGUAGCUUGGCAAAUCCUACACGUCUUCGGUAUCUAAAACUUCAGAAUGGUCAUACUGAGCAGAAGGCUUUGCCUCAAGUUUUGAACAAGUUUUUCCAUCUUCAAGUAUUGGAUGCUGCUUUCUGUAUGUCAUUGCAUAUGGUUGAUCUAGAGGAUUGCAGUGAGCAGAGAAUACUUCCAUCUCUCGAAAUGCUUCGGUUUCUUAAAAGGUUGAAGUUGUGCAACAUGCGGAGAGUAAGCGAAGUAUUGGUUCCGUCAUUGGAGGAGCUGGUUUUAGAUGGAAUGCCAGAUUUACAGAGAUGUUCAUGUACUUCCGUGGGGGGUAUGAAGUCUAGUUUAAGGGUGUUGGAGAUCCAGAGAUGCCCUGUACUUGACGUGUUCGAUCUGUUUCAGAAAGGUUGUAACUAUGAAACUGAGCAUAAGUCAUGGUUGCCCAGUCUGAGGAAACUCAUUAUGUGCGAUUGUCCUAAUUUGCAAGUACAGACCCCCCUUCCACUUUCAGCCAUAUUUUCUGAACUAUUAAUCAGCAGAGUUUCCACAAUUAUGACAAUGGAGGGAUCUUCCAUGGGAACAUUCAAAAGUAAUGGAAAAAGAAUUUGGGAUAUGCCUUUUGUUCAGACAAUGGCACUUGAUGACAGAAUUUUGGCAUUCCAUAAUCUUAAGGAUAUCAAAUGUUUGGAGAUAUCGUCGUGUGGAAAUUUAACAUCUAUUUCAUUCAAAUGUUUAAGUCAGCUCAUCUCGUUAAAGAGUUUGAAAAUAGUGGACUGCACAAAACUUUUCUCACCAGAUUCUGUGCCAAAGCAUACCCAUGAAGACACGAUAACCGUAAAAGAUGCUGCUCUUCCGGCUCUUGAAAGUCUUGAUAUUAGAGGAUGCAGAAUAAUUGGGAAGUGUCUAUCUCUGAUGCUGCAACAUUCGCCAACCCUGAAGGAUUUGUAUUUAUAUAAUUGCUCGCAGUUGACACAGCAGAGGAUAGAAGAGGAAGGAAAAGUCUCAGCUUCUUGGACAUCAAGAUAUCUAUGCGAUGCUUCAUCAGGAUAUGCAGAUGACACACGGCCAUAUGCAGAUGACACAAGGCCAAGCUCAGCUGUAGAAGAUCUCGUGCACAUUCCGUUGGAUCUCAAAAAGAUAACAAUUUGUGGAUGCCCUCAUCUGAUAGUUGACGGGAGUAGGGAAGGCUUUGCUGGAUUUACCUCCUCCUCACAGGUAGAGAAUGGAAGAUGUCUCCUCCCGCAAUCACUUGAACAUCUUGAUUGGUCUGAUUAUUCCCGAAAAGCUCUGCGGCCCUGCUUUGUGGGUAAUCUCACCUGCCUCAAAAAAAUAAAUUUAAAUAGUGGGAGAAGUUUGGAAUGUCUACAGCUGGAUUCCUGUACGGCCUUGGAAGAUUUGGAAAUUCAGGGUUGCGAUCAGCUCGUCACCAUAGAGGGCUUGCGAUCGCUUGGAAUCCUUAGGUCUUUGAAAUUAUCUUAUAACUCAAGAUUGAAAUCUCUACAGCUGCAUUCCUGCACGUCGCUGGAACGUUUGGAAGUUGGGUCAUGUAGUUCACUCGUCACACUAGAGGGCUUGCAAUCCCUCGUGACCCUCAAGCAUUUGGAAAUAAUCGAUUCCCCUGCCUUGGAUUCCCUUGCCACGUUGCAGAGUUAUGAGCCAAUUGAGGGAAUUUCAAGUCAUAUCCAUGAGUUAUUCCCUGCACUGGAAAGUCUCAAGGUCGAUGACUUGUCUCCCCUUAACACAUCAUUCUGCAAGGGCCUCAUCUGCCUUCGAAGCCUAAAUUUUAUUUCUUUGGAUGCAACCAUACUAACAGAUGAGCAAGAGAGCGUGUUUCUGCUCCUCGGGUCCCUGCAAGAGCUCCAGUUUAUAGAUUCUAGGCACCUCUUAGAUCUUCCUUCGGGGCUGAGCAGCCUCCCUUCCCUCAAGACGUUGAAGAUCAUAGGUUGUAAACGCAUCUUAGGGCUUCCAAAGGAGGGCCUCCCACCUUCGCUGAAACAACUGGUAAUCAAGCAAUGCAGCUUCGAGUUAAAAGAACAAUGCAGAUCGCUAGCAACAAGCAAGCUAGAGGUGUUGACUACGUGGAUUGAUUUCUGAGUAUCUUUCUAAGCAAAGGAGGAUCCAGAUUCCAGGGGCAUAUGUUAGUGAGGAGUCACAAGUUGUUGGCCUAUUGUCAAUGCGUUUGUUUAUCCUGAAGCUUAUCUGUGAACCAACCAGAAGAUGGAUUUCAGCGGCAUUGUGGGUGGCGAAGGCGCAUUUCUGGUCAACCUUAUGUUUUUUUUAUCCGCCAAAUGCAGUUCUUGAACCCCAUCAACUUGUUAGAUGUUGUUCUGUUACCAUUUGUUCAGACGAAUGCUUCCUUUAUGCUAAGUCAUGUUUUUUGAGAGGUGUUGCGACGUUGCUCCU